CACAGAUCAUGUCAACAGAAGAACAUAAACCUCGCUUUCAUUUGAAAGAUAUCGCAGAAAAGAUUCGAAACAAAAUUCUUGCAGAACAUGAUUCUGAUGCACAUCAAUUGUUAAGAAAUUCGCCAGGUAAUGAAAAUAAAGCUCAUUCAGCCCAAGACAAAGGGAAUGUGUAUGGUAUUGAACACCCUGGAUCCACGGGUGUUAUUUACGUUAUGGAUCGUGCUACAAAGAAUGGAUAUACUUCGACAAACACAGAAUGGUCCAACUUUGGUCAAGGCGCACCUGAAGUGGGUCCUAUUGAGGGCUGUAUGGAUAGACCAGAAACGAUUGACAUACCACACGAUGCGUAUGAAUAUGCACCUACAAGCGGUACCACUGAAUUAAGAACAGCAGUGGCUAAUUUAUACAACGAAAUCUAUCGUCAAGGCAAGGAAUCCAAAUAUACGCACGAAAAUGUCUGUAUCGUUCCUGGUGGUCGUGCAGGUCUAUCUCGUAUUGCUUCUGUGAUUGGUAAUGUGAAUGUAGGCUACUUCUUGCCUGAAUACACAGCGUAUGAACAAAUGCUUUCUGUAUUCAAACGAUUUGUGCCUAUUCCUGCUACCUUAGAUGAAGAAUCAAAUUAUCAUAUUGACCCCGAAACUAUCCGAAAAGAGAUCGCUGGGCGUGGUUUAGGCGUCAUUGUAGCCUCAAAUCCUCGUAAUCCUACUGGUCAAGUCAUUAAAGAUGAAGAAUUGGCUGAGCUGGUUGAUAUUGCCAGAGAACGACACGCAACAUUUGUCAUGGACGAAUUUUACUCCGCCUAUAUUUACAACCAAAAAGAAGGCAAGACUGUCAGUAUCACAGAGUUUGUGGAAGACGUGAAUAAAGAUGCUGUUAUUGUGGUAGAUGGUCUUACAAAGAACUUUCGUAUGCCUGGCUGGCGUGUUUGCUGGAUUGUAGGACCCAAAUCAGUUAUUACAGCAAUGGAAAUGGCAGGGUCGUUUUUAGAAGGUGGUGCAAACCAUCCCCUUCAAUUAGCAGCCAUUCCUUUCUUGGACCCUGAAAAGUUUCGAAAUGAAGCCAAGGCACUUCAACGUCAUUUUAGACAAAAAAAGAUUAUUAUCGUUGUACCUGGUAUCUUUUUUGAUGUGAAUCCUUCGCAUCGUCGUGAAUUGUUUGAAUCCCCUUGCCAUCAUUUUGUUCGUUUGAGUUUUGGUCCACCUAUGGAUCAACUCAAGCUUGGAUUGGAUCAUAUUGAGCGCGUCAUUCGAAAAUUUACAGCCAAAGAAUAGUACCAGAUCGUAUUCAGUUUUGUGUUACAUCUAUUUUUUUUUGUAAAAUGUUUAUGCAAAGCAAGCAAUAAAGUUUUUAUUUAUCAUA